CCUGGGGCAGGCGAGGGCGACGGUCGCAGCCUCCUUCUUUUUACUCCAGUCGGGGAGCUUGGGCCUGGCCUGCGGGCGCUUGUGGGAAGUUUGCUGACGCCAGCAGCAGUGUUGGGCUGAAGGAGAGUGGGGGAGAGCGUGCUGGGGACUUUCUGAGGAGACCAAGGAUUUUCUGCCGUUUCUUUGCAAAAAUGGCAACCAGUGAUGCUGUUCUGAAGAGACUAGAGCAGAAAGGUGCAGAGGCAGAUCAAAUUAUUGAAUUUCUUAAACAGCAAGUUGCUCUUCUCAAGGAGAAAGCAAUCUUGCAGGCAACUUUGAGAGAAGAGAAGAAACUUCGAGUUGAAAAUGCCAAAUUGAAGAAAGAAAUUGAAGAAUUAAAACAGGAGCUCAUUCAGGCAGAAAUUCAAAAUGGAGUGAAACAAAUACCGUUACCAUCUGAUACUCCAAUGCAAGCUAGUUCUUUGAUUUCUGAAAAUGUGAUACAGUCUAUUCCAGUAACAACCAUAUCUUCUGGUGCCAAAGAACAGGUAAAAGAAGGAGGAAGAGGAGAAGAAAAGAAGGUAAAAGAGAAAACUGAAAAGAAAGGAGAGAAAAAGGAGAAAAAGCAGCAGUCAGCAGCAGGAAGUGCUGACUCUAAGCCAGUAGAUGUUUCUCGUCUGGAUCUUCGCAUUGGCUGUAUCAUCACUGCCAAGAAGCACCCUGAUGCAGAUUCUCUGUAUGUGGAAGAAGUGGAUGUUGGAGAAACAGUCCCAAGAACAGUUGUCAGUGGUCUGGUGAAUCAUGUUCCUCUUGAACAGAUGCAAAAUCGGAUGGUGGUUUUACUUUGUAAUUUGAAACCUGCAAAAAUGAGAGGAGUGCUCUCUCAAGCAAUGGUGAUGUGUGCUAGUUCCCCGGAGAAGGUGGAAAUCUUGGCCCCUCCUCAGGGGUCUGUCCCUGGAGACAGAAUUACUUUUGAUGCUUUCCCUGGAGAGCCUGAUAAGGAGCUGAACCCUAAGAAGAAGAUCUGGGAGCAGAUCCAACCUGAUCUUCACACCAAUGACGACUGUGUGGCUACGUACAAGGGAGCACCCUUCGAGGUGAAAGGGAAGGGAGUGUGCAGGGCUCAGACAAUGAGCAACAGUGGAAUAAAAUAAAGGAAAAAUCCUUCAACUACUGACAUGACAGUAAUAAAAUGAAAUGUUGGUCAAUUGUUAACCUAAGAUAUAACUGGCUCAUUUUGUUUUAUUUCUCUUCUAGACUUGACUAGUGUUUCAAGCCUGGUAUAUGUUCUUUUCAGUCAGUUGGAGAAAUGCUACAUUUUCAUCUCUCUUACUUGGGAGGAAAUUGCCUCUUUUCUGAUGAUUUAUUUUUAGCAUGGGUGUAGAUUAGCAGACUUUUUUUCUUUUGACUUUUAGAUUGUUUGAACUAAUUAAGGAUUUAGUGUCUCAUUUGAAGGCUCAUAAUGCAUGUGAUGUUAAGUCCUUGCAUUUUUAGUAGAGCUUAUGUCUGUAUUAUAGAUGCCCUAUAGUCUUCACCAAUGACAAGUUAGAGUUUAAACAGGUUUAUUAACUAGUCAUCUUUUAAUGGUAUUUAAAAUGACCAGGUGUUGAGUCUAGAGAGCCAGAUGUCUUAGAAGCCAGGAGACAUGGGGCUAGAACUUUAUUGCUCUUGUUGCCAGCAUCAUCCAGGUGCUCACAUGCACAGUGACUUUUUGCAGCACUGAAGUUUCCAAACUGUGUAUUUAAUUUUUUUUUUCCAUGUAGCAAAGUAAUUAGUAAUACAGUUUGACUGCAGCAUAAAUGUACUGUAUGGUGUUGCUAGUGACAUUCCACUGAGUUGACAGUAAAAGCAGCAGUAUGUAUUUUUCACUGUAGCUGAUUUAUAGAUCCAUUGGGUACCUAAUGAAAAAUUAUAGCUUAUUAUCUUUAGAAGAGGAUUUAACAUCAAGCUACUUUGUUUUUCCAUGUACCCUACUACUGUCAAUUUUAAAAUAAGUAUAGCCAUAAACUUAACAUACAUGUGUUA